CAUUUGUUCUCCUGGACUGAAGCUCAGGUGGGGAAAGACUGGAACCUUUUUCCUUCCAGGGAUAUAUGCAAGUUGUGACCUGCAUUUUAAGGACCGCCGGCAUCCCAUUCCUCGUGUGCUGAACCGCCGCCUGGCUGGAAGACUGUGUCUCUGUCACACACACACACACAAAAGAACCAUUUCACAUCACUGGCGACGUGACGUUUGGGGAUUUAGUGUGUGUGUGUGUGUGUGUGUGCAGAUUGUCACAAACCCAGCAGUUUUGAGAGGAGGCACCGGGUGUAUUUCCGGUGGCCUGAAAGGCGAUCAGGGAAAGGGGUGUGUGUGUGUGUGUGUGCAUGACCUGAAAAACAUCCAGAUACCAGCCCAGCAGCAGCAGCAGCAUCAGCAGCAGCAGCCGCCCGCCCGCCCGCACAGACCAGGAUGGCAAGCUUGUGAACUGUCAGCAUCCGAGGCAAUGGCUGUGGACGCGGCUUCCCAUUUCAGCUUUUGCCGAAAUACCCUGGAUCAAAACGUGCCAACCGAUGAUUUAAACUGCGGCUUGCAAGACGAUUCCGAUAACUCCGCCUGGAAUGGCGGAGGUGGUCAACGCUCAUCGGGAACUAGGAACAUAAAACUCCUACAACAGCCAGGAACAGAACAUUUCCAGAUCGGAUCGAGUGAUGGAUAUUAUAGUUUUCACACAAGUCCAAACUUCACAAGACACACCAAGCCCGUAGUACUGUGGACACAGCAGGAUGUCUGUAAAUGGCUGAAGAAACACUGUCCGCACAAUUACCUGACCUACGUGGAGGCAUUCUCUCACCAUGCAAUAACAGGUCGGGCCCUCCUUCGGCUGAAUGGUGAGAAGCUGGAACGGAUGGGAAUAAUGCAAGACGGACAACGGCAAGAGGUACUUCAACAGGUUCUUCAGCUGCAGCCUCAUUUGACAGUGGCUCCUAGCCGACACCUCCCUGCUAUGACCAUCAACGCCAUGGGAUCAUCUGUGCGGGAGGAGAUUUGAAACUGUGAAGUCUCUUGCAGUGAAUUCAUGUCAUCACUCUGCAACGCAGCAACUCUUGGGCUCAGCUGAUUCUCGAAACUUCGUCACAAUUUUCUUUCCCAGCUUCAAGGCAAACAAAACAAAAAAAAAACACUGACAUUUUUCUUUUAUAGGUUUGUAAAUUAAAUACAAAAACAUCCAGUCAGCUGAUGGUGAGGAUGGAGAGGUUCUACAAUUCACUAAAUUUGCUCCGUUAAACACUUGGCCCUCCAUCCCCCUGCUCACAGUUUGCUGUAAGACCAGGCAGGGAGCUAAUCAAUCUUUUGCAACACAAUAAAAUGAAAGUGCUCCUGAAAUGUAUUAUAAUUGCUCCUGAAUUAUAAUUCAAGCCUCCGGGUUUGAUCCACAGCUUGUAUUUACCGACAAUUUUAUCUGAAUGAUUUCAAUAUUACCACUGCAUCUUGAGCAUGAAAGGGCGGCACGGUGGCGCAGUUGGUAGAGCUGCUGCCUCACAGUGCCAGAGACCCAGGUUCGAUCCCGACCUUGGGUGCUGUCUGCACGGAGUUUGCACAUUCUCCCCGUGACCGCGUGGGUUUCCUCCCACGUCCCAAAGACGUGCAGGUUUGUAGGUCGAUUGUCCUCUGUAAAUUGCUCGUAGUGUGUCAAUAUGGAUGAGAGAGUGGGACAACAUAGAACAUGCCGAAAGGGACUGCAGAUGCUGGUUUAAACCGAAGAUAGAUACAAAAUGCUGGAGUAGCAGGUCAGGCAGCAUCUCUGGAGAAAAGGAAUAGGCAACUUCUUCUUCUUGUGUAUGCUGUGCACAGCUUAAAGUUGUAGGACAACUUGUUCUAUUUUAUCUUAUUUGAUUGUGCACGCCGGGUUGAUUGUAUUUGGCAAAGCAGGGCGGACCACGCGAAGGUUGCAAUCUCCCACCCCGAAUAGGUGACGUUUCAGGUCAAGUCUGAAGAAGGGUCUCGACCUGAAACGUCACCCAUUCCUUCUCUCCAGAGAUGCUGACUGUCCCACUGAGUUACUCCAGCAUUUUGUGUCUAUCCUCUAGAACAGUGGUUCCCAAUGUGGGGUGUACGCCCCACAGGGGGGCAAUUUGAUUUUUAAGGGGGGCAAUUUCCACCUAAAGUUUUUUUCUUUUUUUUUUACAAUUUUUUAGUAAUUUCUUGCUCAGAACUUUAACUGUCUUUUGUUUAUUUAAUUUUUCUUUUUCAUGGAUGCCAUGUUCUUUUGAAGCUUGUUUAAACCAAGGUAUUGGCGUUUUAAGCUUCUUCAGCUGAAACGGAGUUCACUUUUUAAAUGAUAAGAAUUAUAUAUCACCACAU